AAGGAUGGGCUUCCUCUUGUCCAGAACUCCGCACUUCAACUGUUAGAGCCAAAGGUAUGAUAAUCAUGUCUUUGUCUACCACUACCAGUGGUCAUUCAUAUCUCUACACUUCACCUACAUUGCCAAGAACUAUCCAAAGCUCAACUCAGUAUCCUCCAACUAUCAAGCUCUUUUCUUCCAGAAACACCCCCUAUCUCACUGCUUCUUCUUGCUUCUCUAACACCCUUCUCUCAAAAUCGUUCCUUUUUGCUGUUAAAGCAUCUUCCGAGCUCGGUUCUCAAACAUCAAAACAGGAGAGUGAAAAGAGCGAAUCUGGGGAAGGAGAAGAAGAGAGAUACGAAGAGUAUGAGGUCGAAAUAGAGCAGCCUUAUGGCCUCAAAUUCGCAAAGGGUCGGGAUGGUGGAACUUAUAUUGAUGCGAUUGCGCAGGGAGGAUCAGCUGACAGGACUGGAAAGUUCACUGUUGGGGAUAAAGUAAUUGCCACCAGUGCAGUUUUUGGCACAGAAAUUUGGCCAGCUGCAGAAUAUGGCAGGACGAUGUACACAAUUCGCCAGAGAGUUGGUCCUUUACUUAUGAAAAUGCAGAAGAGAUAUGGAAAGCUAGACAACACAGGUGAGUUAACGGAAAAGGAGAUUAUCCGAGCUGAGAGGAACUCUGGUGUAGUCAGUAACAGAGUGCGGGAAAUCCAAAUGCAAAAUGUCUUGAGGAAAAGGGAACAGAAAGAGCGCAGGGAAAAGGACCUGAGAGAAGGAUUACAACUAUACAAAAAUGCCAAAUAUGAGGAAGCAUUGGAGAAGUUCGAGUCUGUUUUGGGGUCAAAGCCAGAACCUGAGGAAGCUGCGGUUGCGAGUUACAAUGUUGCCUGUUGUUACUCCAAGCUAAAUCAGAUUCAGGCUUCGCUUUCUGCACUUGAAGAUGCUAUGGAAGCAGGGUUUGAAGACUUUAAGAGAAUCAAGACAGAUCCUGACCUGGCCAAUGCAAGAGCAUCACAGGAAUUUGAUCCUCUAGUGAAAAGAUUUGACGAAUCAUUUAUCAAUGAAAAUGCCAUCAAUGCCAUUAAGUCUCUCUUCGGCUUUAAUAAGAAAUGAAAUCAAAGAGUCUUGCCAUACCAAUCAAAGGACCUCAAUACGUGGAAGCAUGUCUCAAUGGAGCUAAGGAGUUGUCUAAGUAAUAUAAUUCCGAGAAAUUGCCGUUCGCUUGUAUGAUUUCGGAACAAUAGGUCUCCCUCAUUGACUGCUGUUCAGAUUGUUCCUCUCUUCGCUUCAAUCACUCGGAUCUUAGUUUAUAUACUUCUAUAGCUAGCCUCGCUUGUAAGAAAUUGAUGGGCUGUAAGAUUGUUCAUUUCUACGACAAUACAACUCUCUUGACUA